UCCCAUCGGGCAAAGAUGAAGUUUUCAAUCCCGCUUCCAGGCGGCGGCACCGGACUGACACUGUUCUCCAAGCUAGUGCGAACGAAGGACCUCCGCAAACUCCAGGGCGAAGAUCCGAAAAGUACAAAGCCAAAACUAACGAAAUGUCUAACCACGCUCGACCUAACCUCGCUAGGAGUAGGAUCGUGCUGUGGCACCGGUAUGUAUCUAGUGGCCGGUUUGGUAGCGAGAAACAUAGCUGGCCCCGGUGUAGUGCUUAGUUUUAUCAUAGCGGCAAUAGCUAGUAUAUUCUCAGGCGCCUGCUACGCGGAGUUUGGUGUCCGGGUACCACACACUUCCGGUUCGGCGUACAUGUAUUCCUACGUGUCGGUGGGAGAGUUUGUGGCGUUUGUUAUAGGAUGGAAUAUGAUAUUAGAAUAUUUAAUUGGUACGAGUGCGUGUGCUUGUGCGUUGAGUGCUAGCUUCGAUUCGUUGUCUGGAGGCGCCAUCAGCAGGAGCAUAGCGUCCGCUGUGGGGACUCUGUUCGGUCGUCCUCCGGACUUCAUAGCGUUCGGCAUUACUCUGCUGAUGACCUUCGUGCUGGCGUUGGGAGCCAGCAAAUCGGUGCUCUUCAAUAACGUCCUCAACACGGUAAACCUUGCCUCGUGGGUGUUCAUCCUAACGGCCGGUAUGUUCUACGUCGACACAUCCACGUGGGCCGAGCACGAAGGUUUCCUCCCAUACGGAUGGAGUGGGGUGUUUACGGGAGCAGCCACCUGUUUCUACGCCUUCAUCGGGUUCGACAUCAUUGCGACGACGGGCGAAGAAGCGCACAACCCGCAGAAGAGCAUUCCGAGGGCAAUCGUCGGUUCGCUGGUUAUUGUGCUGUUCGUAUAUGUCACGAGCAGUUUCAUCCUAACGUUAGUAGUUCCAUACGACCACAUCGACAAGGGUUCCGCACUGGUGCAGAUGUGGACCUACGUAGGUGCGCCGAAAUGUCGUGCGCUGGUGGCACUCGGUGCCACCGCCGGGCUUAGUGUGGCCAUGUUCGGUUCGAUGUUCCCAAUGCCACGGGUGAUAUACGCAAUGGCGCAGGAUGGACUCAUCUUCCGGAUGCUGUCGCAGCUGUGGGCACGCACCGGGGUACCCGGCAUCGCCACCAUCGGAAGUGGAGUGGCAGCCGCGCUGGUUGCACUGACGGUGAAGCUGGAAGUGCUGGUGGAAAUGAUGUCCAUCGGGACACUACUCGCGUACACGCUCGUGUCGACGUGUGUUCUGAUUUUGCGCUAUCAACCGCACACCACUUCGUUGGUGGAUCUGCUACCGGCACAGCUUCGCACGCCACAGCCUCCCAGCACUCCGGAUCCGGCGAUGCAGCAGCGUGUCAAGGGUAAUGUGCAGGUGAAGAAGGUCUUCCGUGGAUCGCCCGAUUCCGAUGACAGCUUUGGCGAUGACAGUCCGGACGGCUUCCUAGGUCGGGAUGAUCAGUUUCUGGUGUCGGACAAAUCGGAGAAUAAGUUUUAUGGUGCUGUACACGGUGCUCCGCAAGGCGGAUCCAAUCCUUUCACAUUAUGGGGCUUCGGUUAUAUUGGAAGAAAGAUUCAGCAGUAUUCGUAUCUCUGUCCCGGCCUAUUUCCUUGGGUUAAUCCCGGUCCUGCGACACAUGAAAGCGGAAUGUUCGUCACUAAAAUGGUGGGUCUGAUGUAUGCGUGUAUAUUCUUUUUGGAUUUAUUUAUGGCAAUUGGAAUCACGGGUUCUUUCUUCGGGCUAGUCUACACGGCACUGGUGCUGGGUAUUUUUGUUAUUCUGAUGAUUAUUUCGCGACAACCCCAAAAUCGGUACGCUCUACCAUUCCUAACACCGGGACUUCCGUUCAUUCCGACCAUCGCCAUUACGGUGAAUGUGUAUCUAAUAUUCAAGCUAAGUAUACUGACGUUAGUUCGAUUCACGGUUUGGAUGACACUGGGGCUGAUCAUGUACUUUUACUACGGAAUCACGCACAGUUUAUUGGAAAAUCCGGACGAAGAAUUCGAACUGACGGUGGACGGUAAUGGCCAGCAGCCGCCGUCUGGUCAGCCGACCACGUUGAAAGUUCCUUCAAAAAGCAAUCACCGAAACGAACCGACGGCGGUGUGGGAUCGACAUGGGUAUGAAAACCGCAUGGCGACAAAUGAUGAUGGUGAGCUGCAGUGGGGCGCCAGCUAUAAUGCAACCACCAACAGUUGGAACCCGAACGAUGCGUGGGGUGAUACUACAAUCUAUGAUCCACCGCGUCAGCAGCACCAACCACAGCAGCAGCGUCAUCAGAUCGGACAGACCAAUAUCUUCCAGCCUCCACCGACGCAGCCGAGGCCCGAGGCGAAGAAGGAUGGUUUCGGUAUGUUUUACCAGGAAACCAGCAGCUAUCCCACGUGGGACGACUAAACGCUUCUCGCUGGAGAGGCCAUCCACUAAGCCAUCACAAUCCCCAUCGUAGCUGUACAGACACACAUAGACGAGAGAGCAUCCGGAGGACUGAACGCGGUGAAUUUAUCGGGAAAGCAAUCAUUACCCAUCAUUAUCUAUGUUGUUACAGCAUUACGUCGUUAGUCGAGCCAUCCCAUCUACAACACGCGUGCGGUACGGUAGCGCAAGCAACAUGUGUUUGUAUUGUACACUGCAAUCUAGGCUAGGUCGUAGAUAUACGGUCGGUAUACACCGUCUAGCGGUAAGACACAAACGAGAACAGCUCUAUGCGGUUUUCCACUGCGCGUUUGGACGUCACCGGCAGCGGUGACGGCGGUCACGAUUCUCCACUCUCCCUCCAGGCAGGCUAUUACGGUUUGCUUGGCGUGUUUCGAUUUUCACGACAAACCAAACGAUUUCUAUCGUUUUCACGACCGCGGACGUUGGUUUUGUUCGUUACAUUUUUCAAGAUAGAUAGUUUCGUGCUGGCACUGUGAAU